AAACAAAUCAAUUUUUUUCCAAACCCUGAUUCCUCUCUCUAUUGUCUUCUUCCUCAUUUUCCUAUUUAACAAAACUCAAAUUCUCAUUUCGAAUUCCUCAAACUGAAUUUUGUUCGUAGAGAUUAUCGAUAAUUGAUUUGAGUUCAGAAUUUUGAUUCACCAGAGCUAUGUCACUGAGGCCGAACUCGAGAACGGAGGCUCGCCGGAGCAGGUACAAAGUUGCCGUCGAUGCGGAGGAAGGACGGAGAAGAAGGGAAGAUAACAUGGUGGAGAUACGGAAGAAUAAAAGAGAAGAGAGUUUGCUUAAGAAGCGUCGUGAAGGUUUACUACAAGCUCAGCAGUUUCCUAGCACUGCUGCUGUUUCUCACCUCGAUAAGAAGCUGGAGACUCUUCCUGAAUUGAUUGCUGGGGUUUGGUCUGAUGACAGCAGUUUGCAACUUGAAUGCACAACACAGUUCCGGAAACUGCUUUCAAUUGAACGCAAUCCUCCUAUAGAGGAAGUGAUACAGUCUGGGGUAGUUCCUCGCUUUGUUGAAUUUCUUGCUCGAGAUGACUAUCCUCAACUGCAGUUUGAGGCAGCGUGGGCUCUUACAAAUAUUGCAUCUGGUACAUCAGAAAACACUAAAGUUGUGAUUGAUUAUGGUGCUGUUCCAAUUUUCAUCAGACUUCUAAGUUCACCAAGCGAUGAUGUCCGUGAACAGGCAGUUUGGGCUUUGGGAAAUAUUGCUGGUGACUCGCCCAAGUAUCGUGACCUUGUGCUUGGCCAUGGAGCUUUAGUGGCAUUGCUGGCACAAUUUAAUGAGCAGGCAAAGCUAUCUAUGUUGAGAAAUGCUACCUGGACAUUGUCAAACUUUUGUAGGGGAAAACCUCAGCCGCAGUUUGAGCAGACAAAAGCGGCACUCCCCACUCUUGGUCGCCUUAUCCACUCAAAUGAUGAAGAAGUCUUGACAGAUGCAUGCUGGGCUCUUUCGUAUCUUUCUGAUGGAACUAAUGACAAAAUCCAGGCUGUUAUUGAAGCUGGAGUGUGUUCCCGCCUUGUUGAGCUGCUACUUCAUUCUUCACCAUCUGUUCUCAUUCCUGCCUUGCGCACUGUUGGUAACAUUGUAACAGGAGACGAUAUCCAAACUCAGGUUAUGAUUGACCAUCAUGCUCUUCCCUGCCUUGUUAACCUGUUGACGCAAAAUUACAAAAAAAGCAUUAAAAAGGAAGCUUGCUGGACAAUCUCGAACAUUACAGCUGGUAAUCGAAAUCAAAUUCAGAUCGUGAUCGAGGCUGGCAUUAUUGCCCCUCUUGUAUAUCUGUUACAAAAUGCUGAAUUUGAAAUAAAGAAAGAGGCUGCUUGGGGAAUUUCAAAUGCUACGUCCGGUGGAAAUCAUGAUCAAAUCAAGUUCUUGGUGAGCCAAGGUUGUAUAAAACCAUUGUGUGAUCUUCUGGUAUGUCCUGACCCAAGAAUUGUCACAGUCUGCUUGGAAGGGCUUGAGAAUAUUCUGAAGAUUGGGGAAGCUGAUAAGGAUCUAGGUAACACAGAAGGUGUGAAUGUUUAUGCCCAGUUAAUUGACGAGGCUGAAGGUCUAGAAAAGAUUGAAAACCUCCAAAGCCAUGACAACACUGAAAUCUAUGAGAAAGCAGUGAAGAUCCUCGAAACUUAUUGGUUGGAGGAGGAAGAUGUGCAGGUUUCAUUAAUUGAAGAUCAAUUCGAAUUUGGAGGGGCCGAUAUAUCUCUUCCAUCGGGAGGAUUCAACUUCAGUUGAUGGGGUUUGGCUAGCAGGUCAGUGAGUGGUUUUAAAUUGGAGAAACAUCCUCUUUAAACAAUGUGUAGAGAGAGUUGUCAUCUAUUUGGGGGAGGUUCGGAUUUUACAUAUAUUUUCUUCUAUUUCUUGAUGGAGUUGGUGUUGUAUAAGUUACCUUUUUCCCCUAGAUAUAUUGGUGGUGGUGGAUAUAUAUAUGUAUACAUGUUAAUUUACAAGUCAUACCUGGGCUCUCCAUGACAUUAUUUGGUGUAAACAUACACUUGUUUCCAUCUUUCAUUUGGCAUUAUCAUAGUAGUUGCUUUCUGGCUUAAGAAGAGGUACUUCAUUUACAAGAA